UUGUUGAUAUUGGCAUUGGUCUUGUCUUUAUAAAUUUUUUUCCUUUUUUCCCACCCCCCUAGCGGCCCCCCACCCCCCCACACAGCACUGGAGGAUUGGUAAACACCCCCGCCAUCACCCCAGCAUGGCCACCACACACACGAUAAGGACUGUGGGGCGUAUUCCAGCCCGGUAUGUGGCCAGGAAGAAGGUCAAAGGUCGCCAGGGGAACAUGUCGUGUCACAGAGCUCCCAUCAUGCACGGGGAAGCUGAGCAUAAGAUUGACGAAUUUAUGCUGUACAGCGACGAGGAGGAGGAGGAAAAUGAAAUGGAGGAGGAGGAGAACGAGGAGGAGGAGGAGAACGCAAGGGACGGAGGGGGUUACAUAGCCUUAGGGGGGGUACCGCACCAUAGCCACUCCCUCGCCACAUCCUCCUCCUCCUCCUCCCACCACCCGGCGACCUGCUCCUCCAACUCCACCUCCUCCUCUUCUUCUGGCCAUUCGUCGCUUGGUUCCUCGAGAAAAUACAGUUUUAUUCAGAAAUACCAACCCCUGAGCCGUAACUUUGCCGACUACGUCCUGAUGCGGUCCCGAGGUUGUAGCCGUCUGGAACACCAACAAAUUAAUGAGGAGUUUGGCACCCGACACAUGUUGACCACUGGCAUGUUUAAAGAAAGACCCAUUCCACUCAACAGGAUUAAUAAGGUGUUCUGCUCCCAGUGGCUGAGUGAUCACCAGAUAGCGAUGGGGACUAAAUGCAACAAAUUAAUGGUGUACGAUGUCAACACUCGACAAAUGGACGUGAUUCCCUCGCUCCGCAGUCCUGAGGUAGCCCGACCCCCUGAACAACAACAGUGCGGAAUUCACUCCAUCGAAAUUAAUCCCUCUCGAAGUCUCCUGGCCACUGGAGCGCUGAAUUCGAAUGAUAUUGCUGUAUAUAGGCUGCCCACGCUUGAUCCUGUGUGUGUUGGAGACCGAGCACACAAGGACUGGAUCUUCGACAUGUGCUGGCUGGACGACCAAUUCCUUGUGUCAGGGUCCCGGGACACCCACCUGGCACUCUGGAAGGUGGACGACGACACCCAGCGGACGGGGGAACCAUCCAGCCUGCCAAGUUACGGCCAAAUAAAACCAGUUCGCGUUAAGAAAUGCAACGGUGCCGAGAAGGUCCGCGCUGUCAUUUUUAACCCCAAUUACUCGGAGGUGGUGGCGCUGUCCCUGAACGCGUACGUGCAUGUGUGGGACGCCAACCGGUUCGUGCAGAAGAUGUCUCGGAAGUUGCCACACGCCAUGGAGAACGUGUGUUUGACUUGCAAGGACGACUGCUCCCUCUACGCCAUUGGUUCAAAGUCACACACCACGUUACUGGAUCCGAGAACACUACACCAUGUUAGAAAGGUCAACGCGCGCAUCACUGGCUGUGGGAUAAGGUCGGUCAGCUUCCACGGUGAAAUACUUACAAUCGGCACAGGUGUUGGUGCCAUAAUGUUCUUUGACAUGCGCGCUGGCAAAUACAUGGAGUCAACGAUGAACAGUGGCCGUGCAGUGGUCCUGAAGAGCACUAAAGGGUGGGUAAGUGCGGACGACCAAUAUCACGAUGUUUUCCACAAUGUUGAGUACACACCAGCAAUCUACACACACUGCUACGACUGGUCCGGCAUGAGGCUCUUCACGGCUGGCGGUCCACUCCCUGCCUCGCUCAAGGGGAACUACGCCGCCCUCUGGUGCUGAGUUGGGACACGCCGGGACAUUCUGGGACAUUUUGGGAUGGUCUGAGGUGGUCUUGAAAUAUUCUGGGACACACCGGGACAUUUUGGGAUGGUUUGAGAUGGUUCGGAAUGGUCUCAAAUGGUCGGAGAUGGUCUAGAGACAUGCCGGGACAUUUUGGGACAUUUUCAGAUGGUUUGAAAUGGCCUGAAAUGGUCUGGGGACAUGCCAGAAUAUUCUGGGACACACUGGGAUAUUUUGGGACAUGCCAGGACAUUUUGUGAUGGUUUAGGAUACCGUGGUGUGGUACUGGGGCACUUUGGGACAUGCUGGGAUAAUCUGGGACAGUCUGAGAUGGUCUUGGGAUGGUCUGUGGACAUUUUGGGACAGUUUUAAUAUGGUCUAGGAUGGACUGGGACAUUAGGACAGUUUGGUGGUGUGAUGGUGUGAGAUUGGGACAGUUUUGGAUAUUCUGGGAUGGUGUGUGUGUGUGUGUGUGUGUGCACGCGUGUGUG